GUAUCGUAAGUGUAAGCGAGCAGCGGCUACCACCUCAGGCGUCAGUUCAAACAAGUUGUUGCUGUGUUCUUCCUUCAGUAAUGUCUACUAAGAGGAGGAUGAGCAUGGGACGCACGCCAGGGAAGCGCCAGCGUCAGGAGGAGGAUGAGGAGAGGAAGAAGGAAGCAUUACAGACAGGGAAAACAGCUGCCAUGGAGGUUGAAGUGGUGCCUCCUACUGACGCCAAGCCACAGACUCUUCAGAAUGGCUACAUUCACGUUGGUGCUCCUGCUCCUGAUUUCAAGUGUGAUGCUCUUGUGGAUAUGAAGUUUAAAGAGGUAGCAAUGAAAGAUUACCAUGGAAAGUUCAUUGCCAUCCUCUUCUACCCAUUAGACUUCACCUUUGUCUGCCCAACUGAGAUAAUAUCCUUUGCUGAAAGAAUUGACGACUUCCAUGCUGUUAAUUGCGAGGUGCUGGGGUGCUCUACAGAUUCUAAGUUCACUCACCUUGCAUGGUGCCAAACACCACGUGAGAAGGGUGGAGUUGGCCAGAUCCCAUUUCCUCUUCUAGCAGACAAAUCCAUGGAAGUGUCAAAGAAAUAUGGAGUGCUAAAUGAAGCAGCUGGAGUAGCUCAUCGCACUCUAGUUAUAAUUGACACAAAAUUAGUGAUUCGAGAGGUAAUUGCAAAUGACAGCAGCAUUGGACGUAGUGUUGAUGAAACUCUACGGUUGAUACAGGCUCUUCAGUAUGCUGACAAGCAUGGGCAGGUGUGCCCUGCUGGGUGGAAGCCAGGAGACCAGGCCAUUGACCCAAAUGAGAAGAAAAUGGACAUCUCAAAAGAAUGACCAUACCACACAAAUGUUGCAGAGCUCAAGAAUACAUGUUUAGGUUUUUUGUCAAGUUGUUUCCCUAAAGAAAAGCUUCCUGUGUUUUCAACUUUGUUAGCAUCAUAACACACAAGUUACUUAAAAUUUGAUUACAAUUUUUUUUUUUUUAUGUAUUUAGACUACUCACAAGGUUGUGGUGUGCUAGGUUUAGUUACUAGUAUGUGUCUGAGGUAAGUUUAUUCAUGGAUUUAGAUUUUUUUUUUUUUUUUUUGGUGUGUGUGUGUGUGAACAUGAUUAAAAUUUAUCAGCAGAAUGUGUUUGGUGUAGCUAUGCAUACUUCAUUAGUGAGAGGUUAUCUUCAUGCAAGGAUUUGAUAAAUUCAUAAAUCAUUCCCUUUGGUACUUUCUCUUAAUUUUAAGCAAGAUAUUUACUAGAUGUAAAUGGAUUUUCUGUUGCAUUACAUAAUUAAAAGAUAUUUUCAGCAUUUAUCAGCAAAGUUGAGUUUUUGUGGCAAGAUAUACCUAGUUUAUGAAAGUUGGUCAAUCAUUUUAUGGGUUUGAUCUGUAAUAUGUUCUGGGGAUUCCAGUACAAGAAUAUGGAUGAUUUUAGUUGUUACAGUAUUUACUAUAAAUUUUCUCUUAUUUUUGUAGCAUACAGAAAAUCACAAUAGUACAACAUUCUUGUUUUAUAUUAAAAACAGUAUAUGGAAAUUUUAUUAGCUAAUUUGACAUUUGUCUCAUGAAUUUUUUGUUAGUGGCCAUAAGGCAACAUAGUAUAUGCUUAAAUCACCCUAGAUUUUUUUUUUUUUUUAUACCGCAAUCUAAGAUCCAAACUAGUCACAAAUAUUUGGUCAAGCAUUUUCUGUUAUUAAACUUUGCUUUCUAAGCUUAUUCAUUAGGUGAAAUACUGCCUAUGUUCACUUCAAGCUUUGUAUUCAAUUCAUUAUUGUGCACAGUGCUUUAGGUUAACAUCAAAACCUAUUGAAGAUCUUAACUUUUUUACCUAUUGUAAAAAAUUCAGGUCCAAAUAUUCUACAGUAAUACUAAUGCUGAAAAUUAGUAAAUUAAGUUACUAAUUAUGUUCAGGACUAGACAUAUACCAAAGUUACAUUGCUUUGCAAACAAGGUAAAUAACAGAAAUGCUAUACAAAUUGUUGACUUGCCCAUCACAGCAAGUUCAAAAAAGCAUUUUGCUAAAAUAUUUUUAUUGCCUUUAUCCAUUUUUAUGUAUUUGUAAAGUUUAUGAAAGUUGUUAGUGGAGGAAUAUAAUUUUUUAAGUUAUGCCAUUGUAUAUCUAGGCUUAAUAAAUUUGUAUACAUUUACA